AUGAUAUCCAGCAUCCUCUACACAUGCUGUCUCCUCUGUCCUCUAUAUCUAAUUUAUAAACCUCCCCAAACAUUCGUCAAAUAUCUCCAACGCCGCUGGCCCGACGUCCUCUUCCACCACCCCACCACACAGAAAGUCAUUGCCUUAACUAUCGACGACGCCCCUUCGACACAUACACCCGCUAUUCAAGAGCUCCUGACACCGCACAACGCAACGGCAACUUUUUUCAUCAUCGGCUCCCAGGUACCAGGCCACGAGAGCGAUCUAGCCAAUCUGAUCCGCCAUGGAAAUGAACUAGCCAAUCACGCCAUGUACGACGAACCGUCACGCGCGUUAAGCGACGCGACACUCGCAGAGCAGAUUGCUACCGUGGAAGUGAUGAUCCAAAACGCCUAUCGUGAGGCCAGUCAAGACGGACCCGAGAAUUGGUUCUUUCGUCCCGGCUCGGGCUUUUUCAGUUCCCGUAUGCGCGCGCUAGUUAAGGGGUUGGGAUAUCGAUUAGCGCUAGGGGAUGUCUAUCCCCAUGAUCCGCAGGUACCGUUUGCGAACUUGAAUGCGAGGCAUAUCCUGAGUAUGGUACGACCGGGGAGUAUUAUUGUUUGCCAUGAUCGGAGGGAGUGGACGGUGCCGAUGUUGGGUGUGGUUUUGCCCGAGUUGCGGCGUCGGGGAUAUCGAGUUGUAACGCUUUCUGAGUUGAUUCAAGAGGGCUGA